UUCUACGCCGGCUACCGCCGCUCGUUCGACGCCUCCCGGCGUGCGUGUCGCGUGAGUCACGCCAUUCCGUCGCUAAAAUCCGACCAGCGCGGUCGCAUCGCAUGGCAAUCCCGAAUUCCGAGCGGAGUUGACUGAGCGCGCACAGCAGAGACCCUCGUCCUCGUAGGUGAAAAAUGAGACAUUUCGUACGACCGUAAAAAAAGAAGUAAUUCGACCGCGCGAGUGAUAAGAGGCACGCCAUGGAAGGAUCGGCGUUUUAGCAUUAGUAGAGGAAAAGAGGUAGUGUUAGUUUUGUUUGUUGUCCCGCGCAUUUACUAUGUUCCAAAGAUGGGCGAAUUUUCGUGCAGGUUGACUGUGAUAUGGAUAUUGCUAACAUAUGUUUCCUAUUCAACUGCUAUAAGGUGCUAUCGAUGUAGCCUUACAAAAACUAACCUUUACCUAACAGAACCAUCAGGACUGUGUUCCGAAUUCGACUAUUCGGACAGAUUUAUUGUUGACUGUCCAGAGUCAACAUUCUGUGUCAAAAAAACUUACCAGGCCAAAAUUGCAGGCUUGAGAAAUGGCACCGAUAGAUUUUGUGCCUUCCAAAAAUUCGAAACCCACGAAAUUGUCAAUAGGGAAUGGAUACCUAAGGUGAUAAUAGAAGAACCAUACGCAGAAAACUGUACCGUGAUAAAUGACCAAGGGCUUCGGACAGGAUGGACCGAAGAAUGUUAUUGCAAAACGGAUCUGUGCAAUGAGGCCCCCCAAUUUCAAAGCGUCGGAUCUCUAACUAUUUUAAUUUUAUCAGCUGUGAUAAUAUUGAGAAACAUACCAUUGCUAGAUUAAGAUAUGCUUACAUUGACAAUAUAUUAGUCAAAUUGUAAAAGAGUCAUUUUAUUAAAUAAAAAUAUUUUUAGCAAAUCUUGAUGAUGAAA